UGGUUCCUUCCACAAUAGCAUGGCAGUCGGUUAAUGUUUAGCUUCCGGUGUUGACAUUGUUUCAUUUUCCGUGAGUUGUUUAUAUUUUGGGUUUCUUAUAUUUUUAAUUACCAAUUUUUGACAGCAGCAUGAAUACGCCACGGUCACGACUAGAGGACUCUAAAUAGACUAGAGGAAGCUAAAUGGCGACGGCGAAAUGUCACGUUUGAAAACAAGUGAAAAUGUGCAACCGGGAUGAUUAAAUGUCUGUCUGAAGACGUUCGGGUGAAACUUCGCUCCGGUGUCGCCGUCCCUUCUCUUCAGCAAUGUGUCGAGGAGCUCGUCCUCAACAGUCUCGACGCCGGGGCGACGUGUGUGGGUGUCCGGAUGGACCUGGAGGCGUUCAAGGUGCAGGUUAUCGACAACGGCGCCGGGAUGAGCGCAGAGGACAUGGCAUGUGUUGGCAACAGAUAUUACACAAGCAAAUGUCACUCACUUGGUGACCUGGAUGAUCUCAGGUACUAUGGCUUCAGGGGUGAGGCCAUCGCAAGUGUGGUUGCCAUGGCUACGCUUGUAGAAAUCUCAUCCCGGACUAAAAACGCAGGCAGGACACUUGUUAAGAUGUUCAAGGAUGGCAAAGCGAUGGAUGUGUUCGAAAAGGACAUUACUCGACCAACUGCUGGAACCACAGUUAUCAUUUGCAACUUGUUCCACAACACGCCCGUGCGCAGGAAAAGGAUGGACCUCGUCCUGGAGGGUGAGAAGGUCAAACACCGGGUGGAGGCCAUGUCUCUGAUGCAUCCCUCUGUGUCCUUCACCUUGCGCAAUGACUGCACGGGCACCAUGAUAGUGCAGCUGCCCAAAGCCAGAGACACCUACCACAGGUUUAUCCAGAUCCACAGCCUGGCUCGAGCUCAGAAACUGGGAGAGAUCCAGCACGCGCGUGCCCAGUUUGAAGUGAUGGGUUACCUUGGCAGAGAGGGCCACUAUAAUGCUAGCUUGCAGUUCUUGUAUAUAAAUGGCAGAUUGCUUCUAAAGACACGCAUACACACGCUGCUGAACUCGCUUCUACGUAGACUUAGCAGUCCAACUCAGAGGAAUGACAGCCCAGAAAAACAGUCCGCCGUCAGGAGCCCCAAGCAGAAACGCUGCCAAGACCUCCACGGAAUAUAUGUAAUAAAUAUUAAAUGUUCCUAUUCGGAGUAUGAUAUUAGUCUCGAGCCCGCCAAAACCCUAAUUGAGUUCAAAGACUGGGAUGGUGUUUUGCUAUGCAUCGAAGAGGCCGUAAAAGCUUUCCUCUGCAGGGAGAACUUGGUUCUCUUCCAAGAUGACUUGCACAAUGCAUCGCCAAGGUUGUUUAAAGUGGAUAGCGUGGCGCAAGACGACACCCGUGUUGACCACUAUGUUAAUCCCGCCUCCAUUUGUCCAUCGGCCCCGACACUGGCGUCGCAAUCCGUCCGUCGCAAGCACGAGACUCGCAUUGCAUCCAAUGUGCUCGAAACUGAAAAUGAAGGACAUGCUGAUCAGAUUCGACACGACCCUGUUGAUGUUGCCAAGGAAGCGGAGCCCACGUUUAGUAAAUCUCUGGACAUUGAAAAGGAAAUAAGGUUAUCUCAAACAACUCUAGGUGUUAAUUUGUCACACAGUGAAACAACUCUUGUUCCACAGGAUGAAAGGGGAGAAGAAAAGCCAAACAGAAAGAUUCGUGCGUUAUCUCCAUUCAUUCACAAAUGUCUGCAGGAGGCUCCCCAAAACAGUAGGACGCAGUUUCAUCAUCAGCCUUCAAGACACAAAAUCGCCCUUGACACACUGCAUGAUGCAUCUUCACUAAGUAGCUUUUCUGAUGCCGUCCCCUCCAAAGUUCCCAAAGUGGUGGCUCAGGAGUCUGGAUCGCUUGAUGAGUUCAGAAGAAUUUAUGGAAAAUCUGUGAAAAAAAAUCCUACCUUGCUUGAGAGCCAGCUUAAUGCCCAAAUAAGUCAGCCAAACUUAGUCGAAGAUGCCCAGAAUGGUUUUCUUUCCCGGAACCAACAAUUGAAGAUCGAUGUCAAAGAAACCAAAGUAUGCAGACAAGAUGGCCCCCAAAGCUCAGCUCAGUUGGUGUACACCAAGCAAAAAGGCACUUCAGAAAAACUAUCUUUAGCGGGAAAACUUAACCACCUGAAAAAAAAAGACACAGCAGCACCAAGUUGUGCUUCUCCACAUAAUUCUGGCCUCACCAGUACCCAAGACUGCAUUAACAAUGACCCUGAGGUGGACACCACCGCCGAGCCCAGUAAUGAAACCACGACGGCAACAUCCACCGACUGGCUCGGUCACUUUGAUACCCAAAUGGGAAAAAUGGUGUACAUCAACAAAGUGACAGGGCUUAGCAAAUACGAGGAACCGCCAAUGGAAGAAACGCUAGCCCGCUGCACAUCUGACAUCACCAACAUGGCUGUUAGCGUCGUCUCUGAAACGGGGACGGAAUACAGGUGUUACCCGUUCCAAGCAGAGCUAGUUCUUCCCUUCUUGCCGAAAGCCAGAGGUGAAAGAGUGCUCAUCGCGGGGACAGAUGACGCAGGUGACAAUGUCAAGACCUCCAACUCGCUCUCGUCUUUGUACUCAAAGUGGAGCAACCCCGUGUUUGUGCGUCCUCCAGAGGUCGCAGUGGAUAUCUCAAGGGGACAAGCUAGUGGGCUUGCCGUUAAGAUCCACAACAUCCUGUUUCCGUACCGCUUCUCCAAAGACAUGAUACACUCUAUGAAGGUACUCAAUCAAGUUGACAACAAGUUUCUUGCGUGCCUUAUCAAUACAAGUGAUGAUACGCAAAGCAAAGGGAACCUUUUAGUACUGUUGGACCAGCACGCUGCACAUGAGAGAGUGCGGCUUGAAAACUUAAUAGCAGAUUCCUUUGAAGGCGACCCAAACGCACCCGGCGAGAGACGGUUGUGUUCAUCCACAAUUUUACCGCCUCUGAACAUCCGCGUGACAGAAGAGGAACAAAGGCUGCUCAGGUCUUGUCAGGUUCAUUUGCGGAGCUUGGGCCUGGAAGUGACAUUCACACUUGGGCAUGAUGACCACGUUCUCGUAGGCAAGGUGCCCGUUUGUUUCGUGGAAAAAGAAAAUAAUGAGCUUCGGCGGAAGAGACCGUCGGUUAUCAAGCGUGUUGUUGAGGAUUACCUUCAAGAGCAGAUGGAGUUACUCCGCUCCACAGGUAGCGUGAAAGGAACCCUACCACUUACGGUGCUGAAAGUCCUCGCCUCGCUCGCGUGUCACGGCGCCAUCAAAUUCAACGACAGCCUGAAUCGAGACGAGUGCCAAAGCUUGGUUGCGUCCUUGUCGUCCUGCCAGCUGCCCUUCCAAUGCGCCCACGGCCGCCCAUCCAUCGCGCCGCUCGUCGAUGUCCUCCAUUUGGAGCCCAACCAGAAGGAACCUCAGAAACCCAACCUUGGAAAGUUAAGAAGAAUGUACAAAGCAUGGGUACUUUAUGGGAAUAGGUAAUUUUGUGGCAACUUCAUGAAAUAUUUUUUUUCCUAAUGUAUUUGUGUAUAUAUUUGUGUGUGUGUGUAUAGAUUGUAUUCUGCGUGUGUUGAGCAAGGUUGUGCAUUUUAUGAAUCCCUGACAAAAGAUGGUAUGAUAAACAAUAACUUAUCAAAAUUACAGAGUGUCUUAAGAGCAUGUGAAUAUACACGUGCAUGCACUUAAGGUCACCAAGUGUCACCUCUCUUAAAAUAAUCUGGAUAUGACACUGCACUGUAAUAACCAUAUUUUAAAAAUGAAUACCCUUCUCAUAACUUUAAUUAUCUCAGAAUGUCGGAAAAUAUAAUGGCGUACCAAAUAUUGUAUAUGUUGGUGGGCCAAUUUAAUUUGAAAUAGUCCAUUUAUGGUCAUGAUACAAUAAAGACACUGUGGUAAACUGGCCAUUUAUUUACUUGUAAACACGCAGAUCUUGUUUAUUUUAUGACCUUGUUUAUUUUACGACACACUUUGCCUCCAAAAACCAUUAAAUAUGUCUACCGAGAAUGAA